GGGGGAGGAGGGGACGGGGGGAAUGGGCGCCCCUGUCCCCCAGAGCCCCACGACCACCGGGGUGACCCUGGUGACCCCCGGGGCGCCCCUAGCUGUGCCCCUGGGAACGCUGGGAGUGUACUGGCCCGCCCUCAGGGACCACCCGCCCCCCGUGCCCCCCAGCUGCUCAAGAAAUUGGCGUGUAAGGAAGCCUCGAGUAUAGGCAAGGUGAAGGUGCUGCUGCGCGUGGCUGGGACAGGUGAGCCAGGUCAGGGGGCGCAGGUGCUCAAAGUUGAUCCGCGGAAGAAGACGGUGACCCUGUUUGACCCCGGUUCAGCCACGCCCUCCCCUUCCACCCACGGCGAGGAGAUGCGGGUUGGCAUAGCAGCGCCCAAAAUGUUCACCUUUGAUGGGAUUUACACGCAGGAGAACUCGCAGACAGAGGUGUGUUCUGCAGCCCUGACAGAUGUGAUAGUGGCGGUGCUCCGAGGAGUGGACGGCGCCGUGUUCAGCUUUGGACAGCCCAACCUAGGGCAGUCCUACACCAUGCUGGGGGGCGGGGAGAGCUGCCACAGCCUGGGGGUGAUGCCCACGGCGGUGUGGUGGCUGUACCGCGCCCUGCAGGACCACCGGGCUAACACAGGGGCGCGUCACUCCGUCAGGGUGUCAGCGCUGCAGAUUGCGCCCGGGGACGUGGUGACCGACCUGCUGGCACACUACGCCCAUGGAGAACAAUCCCCGGGUGUGUUCCUGAUGGAGGACUCCGCCUCUUCCCUGCUCCUCGCCCACGCCGCGGAGGUGAGGGCGCCCACGGUGGAGCGCGCCGCCCACCUUCUGGACGCCGCCCUCGCCCUCAGGCACCUAGACGACCAAGGGCGCCAGGCUCACCUCGUCUUCACCCUCAACAUUUACCAGUAUUCCGUGGAUACCUCAGCGAAGGGCGGAGUGGCAGGAGGGAGGAGCCGACUGCACCUUAUCGACUUCGGGGCCAUGGAGAGGGGCAAGGGACCGUCCAGACUCAACCUGUCAGCUCUUGGAAACGUGAUUUUGGCAAUAUUCAACGGACAAAAACAUCUGCCUUACAAGGACGGGAAGCUGCCGAGGGUGCUGCGGGAGUGUGUGGGCUCCGUCAGGUGUGUGGCUGCAAUGCUGGUACAUGUGUCAUCAUCCAUCAGUCACUAUCAAGAGACACUAGCCACGGUACAGCUGGCGUCGAGGGUACACAGACUAAGGCGCCGCAGAAUUAAGCACAGGUAUGACAGGAUGGCUUUGUUUUACGAGUUAGACCCCUCCUCGUCUGAACAGUCCUGCGACACGGUGAUCUACGUGGGCCCCGCCGCAGACGACGCGACGGACGGCGAGCACCCGCCCGUGUACCUGCCGUCAAUCAACUCUGGGGACAACCGGUGCUCCAUGAACAAGGCGCUGCGGGGGUCGGCGGUGGACGGCGCCUCAAAGCUAGACUCCCCCAGGACACCCCGCAAGCCCUCCAAGACCUCGGGGGGCAAGAGUCCCUCGCGCCCCAGCAAACACCCGUCAGGCAAGGAGGGAGCGCACGCCUCGCCCCACAGGACUAAGGACGCGCAUAAGGCAGGGAGUGGUGGUGGCGGCGGCGGCGUGAGGACUAGUGGCAGUGGUGUGAGUGGUGUGGGGGUCAGUGUUAGUGGCGGGGGGGCGCGGGGGCAAAGUUCCCCUCCCCGUCAGGUGCUAAAGUGUCCACAGGUGCUACUCCAAAGUCCCCCAUCCCCGCACGUCUCGCGGCACGGGCGGCACAAGGGCGGCGGCUCCAGCACCCACGGGGAGGCGGGCGGCGCCCCGGGCGCGGCGCCGCACCCUGGGGGCAGCGAGGAGCAGUGGAUAGACGGGCCGAGGUUCCACCGCGCCAAGGUGUACGACGGCCACAAGAUGAAGAGCUACGAGAUGGAGACGUGGAUCGACGGGCCCGAGGCGACCUACGGCUACAUGGACGACCACAAGAAGUCCAUGAUCCAGAAGUGGGUGGAGACGCAGAACGCGCAGGUGGCGCCGCCCAAGACACCCGAACGCAGCCCCAAGCACCACCGCCAGUACAAGGAGCUCACGCAGUUCAAGACGGUGGAGGACGAGGAGGGCGCCGCUGCCUCGUCCUCGCCGCGCCACCGCGACGCCCGCCACCGCGAGAAGCGGAAAAGCAGCGAGUGCAAGGAGCCGCGCAGGGACGCGGCGCCGGGCGGCGGCGUGGCGGCACAGCACCCGGGGGCCCUCAAGGACUCCACGCCCAGAAAGCGACGCAGCUACGGCGACAAGCCCUAUGCGCCCACCGCCGGCGACACAGAGGACGCCGCCAGGCCGCGGCAACCCCACGCGGCGCCCGCUGACUCCCCGAAGAGUGACCUCAGGGAACAGGGAGCCAGGGGGAGGCCCAGGCGCCGCCCCGGGGGGAGAAAGUGCCUGAGUGUGUUCCUAGCGAGGGAACCCCGAAGGGCGCCCCUGAUGCCAACGCUAACCUCCCCGCGGCGGUGGCAGGGCGCCGGCCGAGUGACGCCCGGCCAAUGGCGGCCAGCCAGUGGGGCGCCGCGCCACGCCCCGUUGCCCGCCAGGAGGGAGGGGAGGACGAGGAGGAUGAAGAGGAGGAGGUGCUGCAAGUCAUUUGCGUGGAGAAGGAAACGCCGAGAGUCAACCUCAAGACUUAUCAAGGUGCGGGAUCUGGACGAGGGGGAGGAGGAGCUAGAGGCGGCCCUGGACAGGUGGUUGGCGGAAGAGGACCGAGAGUACAUCGAGGUGGAAGAGCCGCAAGAACCAGUGGAGAUGGUGGACUCUUGGUGUCAGGAGGAACCCACGGAGACCCAGGAGCCCCCCGACGCCCCCCAGGAUGAGACGCCCCCUGCCACCCCCCGCAGCGUUCGCUGCAUUCAAGGAGGGGAGGCGCCCCACGGCCAGCGGUGCGGCAGUUCGCGCUACGAGCAGAUGAUUCAGGACCCAAACUUUGCCGCCAAGACGCACUACUUCGCGCGGCGCCUCAAGGAGCUGCAGCAGCUGCACGAGUUUUACCGCAACCUGGCAAAGCAGGCGCCGCGCGGCCGCAGCUCCCUCCACUCCCCCUCCGCCAAGGACGUGGAGGAGGAGGAGGAACAGGCGGAGGACGACUCCAGCUUGUCUGAGGGCGGCGAGGAGGCGGACCCCAAGGCUCUGCCGCAGCCGUUCUUCAGCCAGGAGGGUGGCCUGAGCAGCCUCACGCUGAGCGGCGGCGGCGGCGAGUACGAGCUGGACUGGAAGAGUCUACUGCCAGAGGAGAUCGAGAGCGAGGCCACCGAGGCGAGGACGGACGGCGAGGACACGGCCUCCGAGGUGUCCAAGGAAACCGGCGACCCGCUCUACGACAUCCAGAGUGACAUCAUGCCCUACCUGCCCAGCAACUACGUCAGCCUCACCACGCUGUCCGCGCUGCGCCAGCCUGACGGCGCCUCCAACCCCAACCUCAACGGAGAGCUGAGCCGCGGAGAUCCGCCUCCCCCGCCCCCGCGUGAUGCCCCGCGCCAGGCGGUCCCGGGGGAGAGUCGCCACGGGGAGAGCUCUGGCUACGAGUCAGUCAUCAGGGACUCCGAGUGCUCGUCCUUCGGCUCCUCGCAGGACUCUGGACUCGAUGACGACGGCGUGAAGGGCAAGGCGGGGGGGAGAGGGAGUGAUCACGUAGCGGACGACACCACCACGAGGGGACGACGACCUUCCACGACCACCACGACCACCACCACGACCACCACCACCACAACACACGCCCGCAACACCGCCAGAAGCUCCCCGGCGCACGCACGCCCUCGAGCCCACCAACACCAGUCCCCUCACAAGACCCAGAGCCCUCGCCACACCGCGCAGAAGGACACUGAAGGAGGCCCUGCAGGAGGCGCCGCAGGAUACCCCUCUAAGGUGCCUGUAGACGAGUUUGACGAGGAGGACGUGGCGCGGUACGAGAGCCACAGGACGGAGGAGGAUAUAGCGAAGUGCAGGAGGACGCAGGAGAAGAUAAGAGCGCUGAGAGAGAAGCAGGACCAGUUGAAGCAGGAGCUGGAGGCCGCCAAGUCGCGUCUCAUGAUCGACAAGAGCAGGUGGAGCUUCGAGCUGCACGUUGAGGAGUGCAUGACGUGGCGGGAUGCAGGAUACAUCGAGGCGCUGCAACAGGAAACGAUUAUCCUGGCAAAGAGAGUGAUGGCCGCCCGAAGCCGUCUGCAGCUAACUACCUGCUUCGACACCUCGCACUCCGCCCUCCUGCAUCCGGCGAUCCUGGAGGGCGAGGCGGCACACAAGGAAGAGGAGCUGCUUCAAGACCUCGAUAGUGCGGAGUUUGCUACUGAAGAAGGUGCAGGAGUUGGAGGUGGUGUGUGUACGAGUGGAGGGGGUGAAGCAGGAAGGGUGGGGAGUGGUAUGUGUGAGGGUGACUGCUAUGAAGUGGUGACUGGUGCAGGGAGUGAGAGAGGGACUGUAGGAGGGCGUGGAGUGACUUUAAGAAUGGUUAAGGGAGAGAGUGAUGGGAGAACUGAGAGGGGCAGGGAUGGAGCGACAGUGGAAGCGAAGGAAGAGAGGAAUGAAGGGAAGGGGCCGAGAGAGAGGAAUGGAGGGUCAGGGGAGAGGAAUGGAAGGUCAGGGGAGAAUAAUGGAGGGCCAGGGGAGAGGAAUGGAGGGAAGGGGCAAGGUGGGGAGGGGAAGAAGCUAAGGAGGAGCACGGACCUGGAAGACUGGAAGCGUUUGAAGGAAUCCCUGCUGCUGUGACUACUCGUGUGGGUGUGCGUGCGCGCCUCACUCACCAGGGGCGGCGGGGGGUGGGUGUGAGAACUGCCCACCCACUUACUGCAUCACCCCCCAUCACCCCCCAUCACUCGCCUCUGCUAAUGGACGACACCAGAUAAUCCACGGCUCCCCUUGCCCCUCACGCCCUCAGUUCCCAGGCCCGCCCCCCUCAACGCCCAUCCUGCCGCCUAUCCCUCCCCCCUUUCCCCAGCCACGCCCUCCAUCCCAGUGAAGUCAAGUGUGUGUGUGUGUGUGUGUGUGUGUGUGUGUGUGUGUGUGUGUGUGUGUGUGUGUGUGUGUGUGUGUGUGUGUGUGUGUGUGUGUGUUGGAAUAAAGCGAAAUAUAUACAAGGCAGAAUAAAAAUGAAAAUAAUAAAAAGAAAUAAACGUUAAAAAAGAAA